AACCAACAGUAACCAAUGACUGCAGCUUGUUUCUUGUGACCGCGCGCGGCGUCAGACCUGCUGCGCUCGCGACCGAGAACUGAACGCUUCAGGCGACGCCACAGACCCGCUCCCUCGUGCACUACACCCAACAUAGGGCUCUGUGACUCGGUGUCUGUUCUUUAGAGAUGAAAACACUCUGGUGCCAAUAAUCAUCCCUGGAUUUCCCUGGCCUUAUGUCGACAUGGCAACAGGAAGGAAAAGCUCCACUUCAAAAGGUGGAGUACGUUUCCCUGAUGAUGAAGAAGAUGCUCCUGUUAACAACAGCUGCGAUGAGAAUCUCCAGGAUCAAGUCAUCGCUGCUCUUCCAGAGUCUGAUGGCGCAUAUCUUGUGAAGGCUGGAUUUUUAAGGAGUCAUCACAAAUAUGAAAUCGUCUUCUCUUUGCCGCAAGUUCCAACGCUGGGCAAAGAUGUCACCCUUUCUCCUGCACUCCGUGCCACGGCAAAACCACGGCUACGUGCAACGCGCAUCACACCACGGGCUGAGGGUGGCGUGAGAGUGGUUUGUGAGUACAUUGCCCAGCAGGAGGGAGUGGUGCAGGAGGAGCUCACCCUGGUCAACAGAAGCAGACGCGACAGCAGCGUCCGGGUCAGACUACAGGCCAGAGUCAUGGAGCGCCACCACGGGACGCCGAUGUUACUCGAUGGAGUGCGAUGUGUCGGUGAAGAAAAACACACAAAAUAAUAUGACAAAGAAGAUGUAUAGGUAUAAAUGAUUAGAAUAAUGAAUGCACGUGUGAAUGUACCUCAGACUGUGAACACUCUGGACAAUCACAGUUUCAACACUGAUCACCAGUAAUAUCACUUACUCAGCUUUAGUUUUGAACAGAUUAUACAGAUGAUGGUAUUUUACUAUAGUAGAAUUAUAUUGAAAAGCAAAGUAAAGAGAAUGCAAUAUACCAAUGGAAAAAGGGAUAUGUCACAUGUUAGUUCAGCUGGGUGAUGUUUGUUAGCCUGAGUGUGAUUAAUAACUAAUUGACUAACAUUCCUUGUUAGAGUUAAUUAUAGACGAAUGAAAACAAAUGAAGAGUUCAGAUGCAAAAACCUCUAAAGCCCGUCUGAAAUUUCCCUUCAAAACGAACAUUUAUAUCAGCCUCCUUUGUUUAUGUUAAGAUAUUUCACUUUAAAAACCAAGUAAAGGACUUACUCUUUGCCAAAAAAGUGAUAUUACUGAACAUACACACAAGAGCCUGAUAAAAAUGCUCAUUUUAGAGGAAAAAUUCAGAGGUUUUUGCAUCUAAACUCUUGCAUCUAAAAAUAGCUUAGAUGGUUACUGUGUUGAACUGAGAUGCAUUUCAAGAACACCCGGCUUGCUUUAUUUAUGAACUGCAUCUCAUUAUAUUAAUGCCUGUGGAAUGUAUAAUCGUGUGCAUAAUAUACACUGUAUACUAUGCAUGAUUAUAUCUAGUCAUAUGUCAUCCUAUAGCCAACAUACUAUGCUGCCAUCAACAUCAAUCAAUUCAAGAGAUUUGUUAAUAAAAUAAAAUACUGCACUAAAUACAGUAUUUGUUGACUGGUGUUGUAUUUUAAUGCAAACAUGACUUGACACAUAAGAUUAACCUAUAAGGAAAAGUUCACCUACAAUUUAUUUAUAUUUACUGUUGGCCAUCCAAGAUGUAGAUGGCUUUUUUCUUCACCAGAA